GAUUUCUCGAUUUUAACCAUUUAUGCACGCUCAUCUUUUUCGUCAUAAUCUUUUCAUCUGAUUCUUUGAGUUCAUGUAGCAUCUAUGGAUCCAUUUCGAUUCUCGUACUGUCUUCUUUUAGUGGAAAUAUGGUGGUUAUGAGGCUGAAAUUAAGGACAUUAAAUUCUGUGAUUUUCAAGGGUUAACUUGUUUAUGGGAAUAGUUUCUCUCUGCAUCAGCAACUUGUUGAAUUGGUUGAUGCACCAAAACCACACCUUGGAUAAUUUAUUUUGAUAUUUUACAAGUUGGAACAUAGUGAAAGGGCAACAAGAAAUCGGGUUAAUGUAUGAUCACCACUGUGGUUGCAGAUGAUGCUGGGGACAUUUUCAGCUCACCUGGUCAUGGGCCAGUGCCAGCGCCUUGUACCAAGCCAUGAAGGUUGGGGUUACAUUGGGUGUGAUUUUACUUCUCCAAGAAAAAAGUGCAAACUGUUGCUUUCAGUUCCAAGAUGUUCACUGUCAAAUGAAAUCUUUGGGAAGCACCUCAUCCUGCUUUCCCCCAAAGCAAAGGGGAAGUCAGCAGCAUACCCACUUGUUUUGGCUAGCAAACAUGGAAAGAAUGAUCAUGAAAAAAGCAGUUGCAAACCCUACAAUCCUGAUGAAAAACUGAAGUCCACCCUUUAUUCUGCAGAGAAAAAUGUAAGCCCUGAGUAUGUGGAUGCAAAACCUGUUGAUUCAUCUUCCUCUUCAAAGGAAGAAGUCUCAAAGCAUGACCCCUCGUCCCUAUCCUGGGAGGUGGCUAUUAAAAAGCCUGUUCAUCAGCAGGGAAAUCUUCUUGAUAGGCUAAAAGGUGUGCAGUUGCAUGUUUUAGCUUUGGAGCAGUGGAAUGCUUCUCGAUUGAGAAAGUGCCAUAGGGAUUACUUUGCUAGCGCAACAAAUCUAAUACAUUAUGUGGCGUUGCAAUCUCUUGAUGUUCAACAACUCAAAGAAGACCUUUCUUCUGUUGGUCUAUUAAAUCUGGAGACCAUCAAUGCAUAUGUUCUUGCAAGUGUUACCGCAGGCAUUCAGUUGUUGGAAAACCUAUCCAGCAAUCAUGGAAGCACAAGAGAAAACAUUGUGCUGCCUUCAUCUAUGAUUGAUAACUCAAGCGUGAUAAAUCCAAUAUCUCAACAAGAAGGUUUAAGGUAUAAGCAACGUGAAAUAAAGGACGAGCUCAGUUUACAUGAAAUGAAGAGAAGGGCUUCUUUGCAUGCAGAAAAACUGUUGGGUUUGCAUCCAGAUGGCAGGCCUGUUCACAUAAUGGUGACUGUUGGGCAAGAAGCCAUGCAAAACGAGAACCUCAUUAGUGAUUUACUCAAGGCAGGCACUACUGUAAUUAGAAUUAAUUGUGCACACGAUGAUUCUAAUGUCUGGAGAGAGAUAAUUAGAAGAGUGAAAAACUGUUCACAAUUGCUAGAGAAACCUUGCAGAGUAAUAAUGGACUUGGCUGGGCCUAAGCUUCGAACUGGGCCCCUAGAGACUGGUCCGCAUGUAAUGAAAAUAGCGCCAAAGAGAGAUGGUAAAGGAGCAGUGCUUUAUCCAGCACAUGUUUGGCUGUCUUAUCCUGGUGCGAGACCUCCUUCACACUUAUCUCCUGAUGCCGUGCUAUUUGUCGACAAUAAAGAAUGGCUUAGGAACCUCAAUGUGGGUGACAUUUUAAGAUUUACUGACACAAGAGGGAAGGUUAGGACAUUGAAAAUCUCUGAGAAAUUUCCUGUAUUUUCUGAUGUUGGUUGCUUGGCUGAGAUAUCCAAGACUUCCUAUAUUGAAUCAGGUACAGAACUACAUAUUAAGGGGAGAAAAAACAAACUUGGGUGUGGUAGAGUAGUAGAUGUGCCUGCUGUUCAGCAGUUUGUUAGAUUGAGAGUUGGUGACUUACUUCUUAUAUCCAGGGAUUCCUCCUUAAAAUCUAACGAUUAUAAGCGCUCUUCCAUAGGAACUGCGAGAAUAACAUGCUCUUGUGGUCGUCUUUUUGAUUCUGUCGAGCCGGGUGAAGUUAUAAAAUUUGAUGAUGGAAAGAUUCAGGGCAUUAUACGGGGGGUAAGCAUGUCAGAAAUUUGUGUUUCUAUCACUCAUGCUGCUCCAAAGGGCUCAAAGCUUGGUUCUGAGAAAUCUAUUAACAUUCCUGAGAGCAAUAUGCAGUUUGAAGGUCUCACUGUCAAAGACCUGGUGGAUCUGGAAUUUGUUGCUGCUAAUGCAGAUAUGGUUGGUGUGUCAUUCGCCAAUGAUGUCCGAGAUAUUGUUAUGCUUCAACGAGAAUUAGAAAAGAGAAAGCUUGGAAAUUUGGGCAUUGUGCUGAAGAUUGAAACCCAAGGUGGAUUUGAGAAAUUGCCACUUCUUCUAUUGCAAGCAAUGCAGUCACCGAAUCCAUUGGGUGUCAUGAUUGCCCGGGGAGAUCUUGCUGUAGAAUGCGGAUGGGAAAAACUAGCUGAUAUGCAGGAGGAAAUUUUGUCUAUCUGUAAUGCAGCACACAUACCAGCCAUUUGGGCAACACAGGUUCUGGAAACUCUUGUCAAAUCUGGUCUCCCAACUAGAGCUGAGAUUACUGAUGUGGCAGCUGCAAGAAGAGCAAGAUGCAUUAUGCUUAACAAAGGAAGGCACAUUGUAGAUGCUGUUUCGACUUUGGACUCCAUAUUACGUAAUAACUCCCUGGAGAUGAAUGUGAAAGACGCACUAAAGCCAUUGUUGCUCUCUAGCCUUCUUACACAGUAAGCAGCAAUAUUUGUUCUUCUUGCAUGUUAUUUGCCUCAAUGCAGCUUGGUAGGCUAAAAUCAAGAAGCGUGUGGCGUGUAACUACUCUAUCUUGGGGGAGUUUGAGUCGGUUCCAGAGGUUGAUGACCAAAAAGGUGCGCUGAUGGAUAGUGCGGUCCUCAAACUAGCAGAUAUUGCACUCUGGGAAAUAUUUUGUAAUUCUAACAGGGAUAGGAGAAAGGUAAUAUAUCUAUGGGGGCGCAAUUCACUUGAUGUACAUCCCUUUUUCAAUUGUUUUUUGUAUUCCGCGAGUUUCCAUAUAAUUAAUAACAUUAGUGUUGAUAAUGAAUCUAUAUUGGCAGAAUUCACUUGGCGCACAACUUCAUUUGUGGCAUGUAUACAAUAUGUACAUAGCAUUGUG